AUGGACGGGGUGAAGGACGAGGUGGACACGUGGGGCCCGGUGGAGCUCCUCCUCAGUCAGAACCAAGGCUCUGCUCAGCUGCACACACGAAUACAUCCAACAAUCAAGGACGAAGUGGCAGAGACUGACUCGGGCUCAAACUGUGAAUAUCCCGAAGAAGGCCACACUGAGGAGCAUCUAUGCAUCCAUCGUGUGGAGCAGCCUCCAGGGGCGACAGUGACCAGUGUCUGUGCCUCUUGUGUACAAGUAGCUCUUUUGAUGCAGAAGACUCUGGGAACUGGGACAGAGAACCAGGAACUAAACUCUGGACUGGACGAGUAUCUGACUGCAGCUUAG